GUCACUUUGGGAGAAACUCGAGUCCAUGUAUGCAUCCAAAUCUGGUAAUAACAAGCUGUACUUGUUGAAGUCCUUGAUGAACUUGUCUUAUAAAGAAACAACUCCUUUGUUGGAUCACUUGAAUGCAUUUCAUGGUAUUUUAGAUCAGUUAUCUGGUGUUGGUAUAAAGCUUGAGGAUGAACUAGCUGCUCUUUGGUUGCUAAACACUUUACCUGAGUCUUGGGAGAUAUUUAGGGUCUCAAUUAUCAAUUAUGCCCCGGAUGGUAUUGUAUCCAUGCAAACUGUUAAACCAACUAUGCUUAAUGAGGAGAUGAGAAGGAAGAUGCAAGGUUCUUCGUCUCAAUCAGAGGUGUUAGUUACAGAACAUAGGGGGAGGAAUGCUAACCGAGAUCAAAGAGGCAGAGGGAAAUCCAGAAGCAAGUCCAAGUCCAGAUAUAAGAAUGUUGAGUGUCAUUAUUGUCACAAUACAGGACACAUCAAGAAAAAUUGCUUCAAGUGGAAAAGAGAUAACAAGGCUAAAGGCAAGAAUGAGAAAAAGGAUGAAGGUGGUGACCGUGUUUCUACUGCUGAUCUUGUUGAUGAUUUGAUCUUUGUCACCGAUGCAGAUGUGGUUAAUGCAGUGUCAGAUGACCAGAGCUGGGUUAUUGAUAGUGGUGCUACGUUGCAUGUGACUCCAAGGAAGGAAUUCUUCACAUCCUUAAAGUCUGGCAGUUUUGGCAAAUUGAAAAUGGGCAACGAUGCAGUUGCAGAGGUUGUUGGUAUUGGAGAUGUCUGCUUAGAGACUCAGAUGGGUACUAAGUUGCUCCUAAAAGAUGUUAGGUAUGCUCCCGAUGUCCGCUUGAAUCUUAUUUCUGUUCAUAGACUUGAUGAUGAAGGUUAUGAAAACCAUUUUGGUGGUGGAAAAUGGAAGCUUAAAAAGGGAAAUCUGGUAGUGGCUCGUGGCAAAAAGGAGUCCAAACU